UCAUCGUAACAGAGCUGCUGUGCUGCUUCAGUCUAGCCAGUCUGUUGUGAGGCGAGGCGCUCAUCUUUAGUCAGAGGGGUUUCAAGUUUCCAUGUGAUCGGAACGUUCAGCAGGACUUCACCAAUUAGCCGCACCCCCUUUCCCCGUUAUAUUCUUUUCUGAAGCGGGUUAAAGGGCAGGCUUUGCCGAAAGUGUCUCUUCAACCAGGAAUGUUUCCAUUUGACUCAUCGUUUUUCAGCGCUUGAUCGGUGGGAGAGAAAACAAAAACCAGGAGGAUCUUUCUGUCAGGAGCUCGGCGAAAGGCAGCCGCGAGGCAAAGGGUUUAGGUAGACCUGUUUGUGGUGGAAAAGUUGUAUUUUAGGAUCUACGGAGGCGGCUUAGCGGGUGUGACACCGAUCACUUGCCCUGCCCUUUCAUUCAUACAACGCGCUCCUGACCCCGAUCACGAGCGCUUCCCUGCUUUGCCCUCAGCUGGAUUCGUCUGAUGCUGCGAGCAGCCAGCGGUGCUUUUUAACUUUGAAGUGGACGUUCCUAACAAGUUUAUUAUUAAUAAUUUAUUCCCUGUGCUAACGUGGACGUCGUAUUUGGAUGAAUUUCAUCAACGCCUGGAACCGGAGUUGUUUGUAAGGAAGGGGCUCCUCUUGUACCAGCGCCAGCUGUCUGCAUUUGUCUCCCCAAACAGCCUCCUCCGUUAGCGCGAUGCUGCCUUGCCUGGGAAAGCUCAUGCGGCCCACCUUCUCCUUGAAGCCUGGACUUUUCUUUGGGAAGGUCCCCGUGCCAACAGCGAUUCCUGUUCGCUGGGCUCAGCUGUCGCCACGCACGCAUUUUGGCACCCACCCUCAUAAGGAACCCAUGGAGCCUUUGAACUCCCCGCAGGGCGCCCGGGAAUUCAUCUACAGCCUCCACCCAAGCGAGCGGAGCUGCCUCCUUCGGGAGCUGCACCGCUUUGAGUCGAUCGCGAUCGCACAAGUCCCAGAAGUGAGCCGCUAUUCUAAACGCCCGGCCCCAUUAAGCCGGACACCUGGAGGACUGGCUGCAUCACAGGAGAAACUUGAAAUGGCCCCACCGUCGUCUGCUCAGUUGAGAUAUGUACUUCUUCACAACGCAAUACCGUUUGUCGGAUUUGGUUUCUUGGAUAACGCCAUCAUGAUUGCAGCGGGCACCCAAAUCGAACUGUCAAUUGGAGUCAUCUUUGGAAUUUCCACCAUGGCAGCUGCUGCUCUGGGAAACCUUGUGUCGGAUCUCGCCGGACUCGGACUUGCAGGGUAUGUUGAAGCAAUAGCCUCAAGAUUUGGCUUACAGAUCCCAGAUCUCACUCCGAAGCAAGCGGACAUGUGGCAGACUCGGUUAAGUGCCAAUAUGGGUAAAGCCAUUGGCGUGUUCAUCGGAUGCAUCUUAGGAAUGUUCCCGCUAUUGUUUUAUUCUGGAGAUGAAGAUGAAAAACUGGACAACAAGAAGUAACAACGGGAUUGUUGGAACUGAAAGGCAAUAAACUGAUUACCUCAAGUAUUGGAAGAACUGGCGACCUCCGUGGAGAGGCGCCUACAGCACACUCGAGGACUUGUCACUCUCGUCGUUUGGUUUCUCGUAGAGCUCUAGAUGGACACUAACGUCAAUAGCAUGAUUCUACUUUCUAGUCUGUAACGCUAUUUUUUUCCGAUAUUUAUUUAAAUGUUUUGGACUUACCCAGGAUAAAUUUAGCAGGGGAAACAACCCAAUACGAUUGACAUACGGACUGAGGUACGACACUCAGACGCGACUCUCCUUAAUUAUGUUUUAAAAGUUUUAUUCGACAAUUUCUCAUAAUGUUGAACUCCAUGUUUCCGUGUUAAUAAGCACAUUACAUUUUCUAUACUGAACUCUAACGGCGAAUGCCGAAUAAUUACGUUUAUUUUUUUUAACAACUGAGACAAACUCUUGAAGGAAGAAAGAAAAAAGUCAAACCUGUCGUACUUUGUGACGCUGAUAAUGAAACUCGUCUCUCGUUGAGCCCUCCUCGGAUUAUCAUCGGCGAUCCUUUGGGGAAACUCGUCCUCGGCCGAGGUGUUUGCUUGGGAGAUUUGCAGAUUUAGAGGUAAACUGAAAGAGUUUUGUCUUUGCUAGUGACAUGAUUGUAUAUUUAAACUCGUUUUUAAUUUAGAACACUUUUAGGCUAACAAAGCUGUCCUUGACCUUGGGCAAUUUUUUUAUAUUCUUUUAGAAUAAGAAACGAAUAAAAGUGCUGCUUAUGUUAAGCAAGGUAGUCUAGUAGCUUACAGUGAAGAUGUGCGCUAAGCUGUCUCCAAGCAGCCUGGCAAGAUCUUCGCGAUGUUCUCUUUAUGCAAUGUUUGUUGCCUAAAAUGAUUUUCAUUGACCAUGAAGUUCUCGAGAAAAUGCAAACUGGAAGGAAUAUAAAUGGGGGGAAAAAAGUGUAAUCUCUAAAUUAACAGUUUAAGAUAUUAAAUAGGUGACAAUGUGUCCUUUCUGUUUCAUUUUGUUUAUUUACAGUUAUGCCGAUUAUUAAUUAAUAACUGGACAUUUUUAACUAUUAAUAUAUCUGAAUCUCCUUCCUGAAGUAUCUCUCACAAUGAGUGUAAUCUAAAUAAAUGUCAUGUUGUUGAUGAGUAAAAAAAAACAAUAAGUAAGAGCGUAACCUGACGAAACUCAUUUAUUAACCCGGGACAGGGUCACUGGGACAGCUGCUGAUGUCGGCCGUUUGGGCCAACCUGUUAACGAAUGAAAAUGACUUGUUAAUACAGAAAAUAAAGGCACAACAUGAAACACACACACAUAAAAUAAAUAAAUGAAAAUACGAACAACUUCUGCAAGGGUUAUGUUCCUGAAAAAGCUGCUGGAUAAAAUGAAUUGUGCGCUUGUCGUGUCGAACGUCAUAUCAGGGAGUUGCACUCAAAUGGAAUUUCACACUCCCGUUAUACUGAAAUAUUCAGGAGUGAGCGAGUCUGUGAUUGCAGUCAUUCACUCUCAGUCGCUAGGCAGGGCCACACGUCUUGUACCCCCUAAGAGCCCCCCGACUGCCAUCGUCUUAGACAGCUCGGCUCAAACAGAUGCCCAAAGCAGUUCUUUUUCCCCGGAUGGCUUUAAAUUAAUAAUACAUGGAAACGGAUUCCUGCCACUCAACCAAACAAAAAAAAGUUAUUGUGCAAUUUCACAAAAGUGUUGUUAUUUCGCCGUAAUUAUUGCGUUAUUUUGCAAAACAAUUGCAUUCUCACUGUAAUUGUUUCAGUUCGCAAAAGAAUCGCAUUGUUUCACAAACAUGUUUGCGCUAUUUUACAAAAGAAUUGUGUUACUUUGCAAAACUCUUACAUUAUUUUACAACGACUGUUGCGUUAUUUUGCAAAAUAAUUGUGCUCCUUUGCAAAUAAUUGCGUUUUUUUUUCUAAUAAUUAGUACAUAAUUUUCCAAUUAAAAAUAUUGCAUUAUUUCAUAACGACAUUGCCUGCUAUUGCCGAUUAUCUGACUAAUUGUUUUAUUUCACAAAAGAGUCGCAUUGUUUUACAAACAUGUUUGUGCUAUUUUACAAAAGAAUUGUGUUACUUUGCAAAACUCUUGAAUUAUUUUACGACUGUUGCAUUAUUUUGCAAAAUAAUUGCGUUUUUUUUUCAAUAAUUCCAAUUAAAAAUAUUGCAUUAUUUCAUAACGACAUUGCCUGCUAUUGUUGAUUAUUGGAAACGUAUUCCUGACACUCAACCCCAAAAAAAAUUAUUGUGCUAUUUCACAAAAGUGUUAUUUCUUAAUAAUUAUUGCGUUACUUUGCAAAAGAAUUGCAUUAUCUCGCUGUAAUUGUUUUAGUUCGCAAAAGAAUCGCAUUGUUUCACAAACAUGUUUGUGCUAUUUUACAAAAGAAUUGUGUUACUUUGCAAAACUGUUGAAUUAUUUUACGACUGUUGCAUUAUUUCGCAAAAUAAUUGCGUUUUUUUUUUCAAUAAUUCCAAUUAAAAAUAUUGCAUUAUUUCAUAACGACAUUGCCUGCUAUUGUUGAUUAUUGGAAACGUAUUCCUGACACUCAACCCAAAAAAAAAUUAUUGUGCUAUUUCACAAAAGUGUUAUUUCGUCAUAAUUAUUGCGCUACUUUGCAAAAGAAUUGCAUUAUCUGACUAAUUGUUUUAUUUCACAAAAGAGUCGCAUUGUUUCACAAACAUGUUUGUGCUAUUUUACAAAAGAAUUGUGUUACUUUGCAAAACUCUUGCAUUAUUUUUCAAAGACUGUUGAGUUAUUUUGCAAAAUAAUUGUGCUCCUUUGCAAAUAAUUGCUUGUUUUUUUAAAACAAAUUAGUUCCAAUUAAAAAUAUUGCAUUAUUUCAUAACGACAUUGCCUGCUAUUGUUGAUUAUUGGAAACGUAUUCCUGCCACUCAACCCAAAAAAAAAUUAUUGUGCUAUUUUCACAAAAGUGUUAUUUCUUAAUUAUUGCGCUACUUUGCAAAAGAAUUGCAUUGUCUCACUGUAAUUGUUUAAGUUUGCAAAAGAAUCGCAUUAUCUGAAUUUAAUUGUUUUAUUUCGCAAAAGAGUCGCAUUGUUUCACAAACGUGUUUGUGCUAUUUUACGAAAUAACUCUGCUUCUUUGCAAAUAAAUGCGUUUUUUUUUUUCAAUAAUAAGUACGUAGUUUUCCAAUUUAAAAUAUUGCAUUAUUUCCUAACGACAUUGCCGAUAUCCUUGUGAACAGAACACCCACCCGCAUGCACAAUGACUGUUGAUUAGGUUAUCUUUAUCAUUUUUUUAAAUUUCUUUUGUGGAGGUAUACUUUUGAAUGAUUAUUUAUGUAUUAUGAUUUUUUUAUUAUGAUAAUAAAUCCAAUUCUCAUACCAGUUUUUUUCUUUCACUGUCAUUUUGAUAUCGUUACAAUUAAACUGGAUUGUUUUCUUACGUCAUUUUGUCUUUUCUCUCGGGCUCUGCUGUUUUCUGGAUCCCAUUGCUAACGCCCAUCAUGUGGUUGCUGGGGGGGGGGUGUUCAGUGACCUCGGCAGGUCAGGGGUUCAAAGGUCGGCUCGAGCAGCCAUGUUUUGUCUGAAUCUGAUGGGUAAUCUCUGUGACACUUGCGCACUGCGUUUUCUACUUCACUUUUCUGGUAUUCAAAUCAUUUAUUUAGACGUCGAUUUGGGGUUUUUGUUUUUGCUAAACGAAGGAUGAACUCGAUUUCCUGGUUUGACGUCUCUUGACUUAUACAUUUCAUCUUCUGGUCCUCUCUUCAAACCAUUUCUGCUAUUUUUUUUAGCAGAGCACAAUGUUACUGACCACAGCAGGCAAUGUCUUUUUGAAAUAACACAACACUUUUCGAAAUAACGCAAUAUAUAUUGCAGAAUAACACAAUCCAUUUGUGAGAAAACACAAAUUUUUUUUGUUUUGAGUGGUGGGAAUACGCUUCCAUAUAUUUGGGUUUAAUCAAAACAAAAAAAAAUAUUCAUUUACUCCAUGGGCAAUCGAUUAGUAGCAUUUUUGGUAUACAAAUUGCGCUGUGACCAUCACAGAAGUCUAGACAUUUCUAACAUGAACAUGAACUCGCCUCACUAAUCACGUCUGUCCCUUGAAAGUCACUUGAACUGGGGGAUACUGGCGCCUGGUCCAUCCCAGUUGGAAUUGGAAUAUCAUGCUACCCCGUUUAGGUGGUCCUCAUCUGACAAAAUGCAGCGUAGAACAAAAAGGAUAAAAGAUUUAAAAGAUGAGUGAAGUAACAUUCUGUAAUUUAGUCUUAUAUUCGUCUUUCCAAAACUACAGGGGGAAAUCCCGUCAAAAAACCCUGGCUAGAUAUAAACAGGGCCACACCAAACCUUUAUGAAAGAAAAGAUUAGCACAAAAAUGCUUUGUAUGUACCUCUAUCUCCAAAGAGCACACAAAGCAGGAAGGAGUCCAAAGCACACAAGCGCCGUACACAAACCGAGGAGAAGUCAAGAAAGCGAGCAAAAUGGUGAGAAAUCCGAACAAAACUCACAAAACACAAGGAAACUCGCCGCAUUCAAAAUGAACCACCAGGAACUGUGGGAGACCCGCUGAAUUUAAAGGGACGGUUCCUGGCGGUGAUUGGUCGGUGCCCUCACUUCUUGGGGGACAAUCAACCAGCAAACACACGAAGCGUGACACCGACAAAGACAAUAUCACAGAUAAUAAAUGAAAAUAACAUUAAUAUAAAGAAACAGCUCAACAAAGAACAACAGGACAUUAAACUUGGAUUUGAACUCCUCGGCUGAGAUAUAACACAUUUUAUGAAUAUGUAAGAAAAACAACCCUUAUUACCUCAUUGUCCCAGGAUUUUUGAUUCUCACUGUACAUAAAUACAUUUUGUAUAUUGUGAUAGAUUUAAUAGAUGAAAUGCGAUCCUGACUGGAAUGGAGAGUGGACCCUUACCCAGUCCGGAGGCCACGGUGGAAGGACAACUUGGAUGGAUGGAUGGAUGGAUGCACAUCCUGGCUGGGAAGGUUCCUGUUCCCUCUCCCAGUUGUGAUGAAGGUAAAAUAGACAAAAUGGAGAAACAGCCUACUAAGAACAGUUGUUCUCCCCUGUAUGAUAGGUGGCAUGGCCCUGGUUUGGGCAACUGCAGGGCUGCAUUGUACAUGUCAUUCCAACAGAUGGUGCACCACAAAGAUUUGUAGUAAUAAUAAUGCAUCACAUUUGUAAUUCCAACAGAUGGCACAUCACAAACAUUAGCACUGCUUUUACAAAUCCCAUACCAAAUGGCAUGUAACACUGACAUCUGUAUUGUAUUUGUCAUUCCAACAGAUGGUGUGUCACAAACAUUUCAAGUAAUAAAAUGCAUUGCAUUUGUCAUUCCAACAGAUGGCACAUCUCAAGCAUUACCACUGCUUUCACAAAUCCCAUACCAAAUGGCAUGUAACACUAACAUCUGUAUUGUACAUGUCAUUCCAACAGAUGGUGGACCACAAACAUUUGUAGUAAUAAAAAUGCAUUGUAUUUGUAAUUCCAACAGAUGGUGUGUAACAAACAUUCACGUAAUAAAAUCCAUUGCAUUUGCCAUUCCAGCAGAUGGCACAUCACAAGCAUUACCACUACUUUUACAAAUCCCAUACCAAAUGGCAUGUAACACUAACAUCUGUAUUGUACAUAUCAUUCCAUCAGAUGGUGCACCACAAACAUUUGUAGUAAUAAAAAUGCACCUCAUUUGUAAUUCCAACAGAUGGCACAUCACAAACAUUAGCACUGCUUUUACAAAUCCCAUACCAAAUGGCAUGUAACAGUGACAUCUGUAUUGUAUCUGUCAUUCCAACAGAUGGUGUGUCACAAACAUUGUAAUAAAAUGCAUUGCAUUUAGUCAUUCCAACAGAUGGCGCAUCACAAGCAUUACCACUGCUUUUACAAAUCCCAUACCAAAUGGCAUGUAACACUAACAUCUGUAUUGUACAUGUCAUUCCAACAGAUGGUGCACCACAAACAUUUCUAGUAAUAAAAUGCAUUGCAUUUUGUCAUUCCAACAGAUGGCGCAUCACAAGCAUUACCACUGCAUUUACAAUUCCCAUACUAAAUGAUAUAUAACUGAGGCAUAACAACGUGACGGACACACAGACACACACAUUUUUCCUUUUAAUUAAUGUGGAUAAGAUGUCUUUUGAACCCGGGACUGGUGUCUGUGCAGUUGUGUCUCUAAGAUUUGGAGCUCUGAGACACACCCUAGAGGUCACAAUAUGUAAAUAUAAUUCACAUACAGUUUGUAAACAGAUUAUGUAUAAGUAGAUCGAUGCACAAAGAUAUAUAGUGAGUGUGAGAGUGUAUACACUUACUUACAAACUGUAUUUUUAUUUAUAAAUGUCUGUAUACAUGUAUCUGUUUAUAUAUAUAUAUAUAUUUAUAUAUAUAUAUAUAUAUAUAUAUAUAUAUAUACACACACACACACAAACACACUCACACUAGCUCUGCUACCUGUCUAAGAGGGACUGUAAUAUAAGUAAUCAAUGUACACCUCAGCAUUAACACAUAUAUUAGAAUGCAUUUUGUAAUGCAUGUAGUGAUUAAAUGUAUUGCAUUUGUCAUUCCAACAGAUGGCGCAUCACAAAAAUUUCUAAUAAUAAAAUGCUUCACUACUGAUGUUUGUGAUGCGCCAUCUUUUGGAAUUAUAACUGCAAUGUGUGUCUCUGUUAUAUGCUAGUUGGUAUGAGAUUUGUCUAAGCAGUGUUAAUGGUUGUGAUGCACCAUCUGUUGGAAUGACAAAGACACACUGGGCAGACACACUUUUGAUACUUUUAAUUUUAUCAAGGUGGAUAUUCUCACCUACACACACCUGCGCAGCGCCAUCACAAUGUCUUCAGUCCCCUUCACUUUUGUCACAUCUUGUUUUGUUGCAGCCUUGUUCUCAGAUCAUUUCAAUUCACCCCAGAAUGACGAAGUGAAAACAGGAUUUUUCUACAUUUUUAAGUGUACAAAUAUAAAAUAUAAGUGAGAGGGAGAGCAAAUCAAUAAACCAACACAGGAUGCGCCCUGAACACAGGGGGUGGUGAAUUACGUUUCAUACAACAUUUUUAAAGAUCUCCAUGAGUAUGCAAGUUGUAUUUAGUAGGCUUAUUUUUGGAAUAUAAAUAAAUAUGUGAAAUAGAAAAAACCGCACUCUGUUGUGUUAAAAAUAAAGUGUUGACUUUCCGUACUGAGAAUGCAUUUAGUUCCUUAAGUUUCUCUUUCUCAAACGUGUUUUUGUUGAGCGGCUAAGACUAGUUACAACUCUGACAGCUUUUCUCUUUAGUCCCCAGUGAGUAAAGCGCUGGCUGUCUACGGUAUAUCGAGACUGUCGUAUCGUCUAUGUAGCUUGACUCUCUUUUUGCUCUACCAAUGGCAUGUAUAGAAUUUGAUACCAUGAUUUGUCCUGAAUUAAUACAUAUUUAUUUUCCUUACUUGAAAAAUUAAAGAGUAUAAUGUUGGAAACAAAAAUCCC